AUGUCUGACGAUCUCAUCUGGUCGGUGAUCAAUGACAAGUUCUGUUCCUUCAAAAUCAAACCAGGCAAGGGCCAGGACUUCUGCCGUAACGAAUACAACGUCAGCGGUUUGUGUUCGCGCCAAACAUGUCCAUUGGCCAACGCUCGUUACGCCACGGUCAAAAACGUCGAGGGUAAGUUGUACCUCUACAUGAAAACUGCCGAAAGAGCACACAUGCCUGCAAAGCUUUGGGAGAGAGUCAAAUUGCUGAAAAACUACACCAAGGCCUUGGAGCAGGUCGACCACCACUUGCAAUACUGGCAGGAGUUCUUGAUCAACAAAUGUAAGCAGAGAUUGACCCGGUUGACCCAGGUUGCAGUCACUGAAAAGAGACUAGCGAUGCGUGAAGAGGAACGUCAUUACGUGGGAAUCAAGCCCAAGAUCAAGCGUAGAGAGGAGAACAGAGAGCGCAAGGCCUUGGCUGCCGCCAGAAUCGAGAAGGCUAUUGAGAAGGAGUUGUUGGAUAGAUUGAAGAGUGGUGCCUACGGUGACAAGCCAUUGAAUGUCGACGAGAAGAUCUGGAAGAAGGUUCUCGGGAAGGUUGACGAGGUCGACGAUGAAGAGGAGGAGUUCGAUGAGGAUGACGACGUUGUGUUGGAGUCUGGUGACGAAGAGGACUUUGGCCAAGUUGAGUAUGUUGAAGACGACGGAGACGACGAGUUGGUCGACAUGGAGGAUUUGGAGAAGUGGUUGGGUGACGACUCCAGCUCCGACAAUGAGAGCGACAACGACAGCGAAACCGAGACCAAGAAGGGAGACAAGAGAAGCGGGAGCGGUGCUGCUGGCGACAAGAAGAGAAAGAAGAGACGUGGACAUGUCGAGAUUGAGUACGAGGACGACAUCCAGACCAACAUCGCUGCCUAG